UCACCACCGGCAGCCAUCGUCAGUUGACGGACAGCGUCGCGUGCAUCAUGAACGGGAGCUUGGCGAACGGAUUGAACGAAGGCCUCAACGCUCCGCCACCGAAGAUCGCCUUCGAUCGGAGCAUUUCCGCGUACAGUGAGCGUGAUGUGCAGUGCGGGUUUUGGGUUUGCCGAGGCCCGGUCUGGCAGCGGCUGGCCAGCAAGAAGCUGUACGUGCUGCUGUUCGGGUUGAUUGGCUGCAUCCUGAACUCCACCACCUCGUACUUCUACGGCACACUGACGACGGUGGAGAAAAGCAUCCAGAUAUCGUCCCGCACGGUUGGCAUCAUAACGGCCGGUUCGGAUCUUUCGUUCGUGCUGGCCUCGCUCUUCCUGUCGUACUAUGCAUCGAACCGCCGGAAGCCGCUCUGGAUUGCGAUGGGGAUCGUCAGCAUGGCACUGUCCUGCUUCGUGAACGCACUGCCCCAUUUUCUGUUCUCCAAGGCCCACUCGGAACUGGAGCAGAACGUCGGCAAUUGGACGAAAGGUGCGGAUAACUUGUGUCGGGAGGAUCGGCUAGCGCCCGACUGCUCGCUGGACGUGGGAGACAUAAGACCUCAGAUGGUGCUUUUCUUCGGAAGCUUCCUGUCCGGCAUUGGGACAUCGCUGUACUUCACGCUCGGCCUUACCUAUCUCGAUGAUAAUGUGCGCAAGGAGAAGGUACCGUUCCUGUCGAGCUUGGCCGCGUUUGGACGACGCAUGGGACCGCUGGUUGGGUUCUCGCUCGCUUCCCUCUGUCUGAAGUACUUCGUGCACGUGGGUGUCGAUCCGGGCUACAAUCAAAGCGAUCCGCGGUGGAUCGGUGUCUGGUGGAUGGGAUGGUUAGUACUCGGCUCAACGCUUAUCUUCAUUGCACCGUUCUUCGCUAGCUUCCCCAAGGUUCUACCAAGAACGGCGGAACGGAUCUCGCUUUCACGGCAGGCAAGCCGGACGAGUGGUACGAAUUCAACCGCCGCCGAGGAAGAUGUCGACGGGGAUAGGAAGGUGUCGUUCAGUGACAUGUUGGUGACGGUACGACGGCUCGUCACCAACAAGGCGUACGUGUUUAACAAUGCGGCGAGCAUCUUCUACUUCUUCGGGUACAUGCCGUUCUUCCUGUUUCAGGCGAAGUACAUCGAGAUUCAGUACCGUCUAACGCCGUCCCAGGCAAACAUGGUGACAGGAUCAGUGUCGCUAGUGUUUUCAGCUCUCGGGAUACUGAUCGCUGGUGCGGUGAUUCAGAAACUGAGGGUCACCUCAAGACAGUUGGCUGGUUGGAAUGUUAUCACCAGCAUUCUAUCGGCGAUAGGCAUCUGUGGGUACGCUUGGUUUGGGUGUUCCGCGCUCAAUAAUGCCGAUAUUGUAGCCAAUUCCCAGGACUCGUCGUGCAGUUUGGGCUGUAACUGCGACUUCGUCAAGUAUGCUCCGAUUUGUGGAAGCGAUGGACAAACCUAUCUCUCACCGUGUCACGCCGGCUGUAGAGACAUGUUUAAGGAGCCUGGUGGAAUGACGCUGUACUCAAACUGUUCCUGUAUCCCGAACCUUCUAAGCAACGGUGACAACAUGACGACGAGCUUCGGUUCUGCCGUGUCCGGUAGCUGUCCCGUUGAUUGCUGGACUCCGUUCUACUUCUUCCUCAUCGUGAUGUGUCUGAACAAGUUCAUCGGUGGAACAGAAUCGGCGGCCAACUUCCUUAUCGGACUAAGGUGUGUCGAACCACGCGAUAAAGCAAUUUCCAUGGGAUUCUCGAUGGCAAUCAACACACUGUUCUCGUUCCUGCCGGCACCGAUCGUGUUCGGGGCGAUCAUCGAUCGUACCUGUGUGCUGUGGGGCAGGACCUGCGCCAAGAAGGGCAACUGUUGGCUAUACGAUGGGGAAGCUUUACGCGUUUCGAUGAACUAUACGGCGGCCGUGUUUGUCAUCAUUGGGACGUGCUUCGACAUGGGCACGUGGUACUAUUCUAAGAACUUUAAGAUAUUUGACGACGCUCCGGGGGAAGAGGACGGUAAGGGUCAGGUAGAGAAGGAACUUGUUACGCUCGUUAGCAAAGAGAGGGAAGAUUCAGCUCAGGGUACGCGCGUUAACUAGCUGCAGGGGGGUUAACCUUGUCUGGAAGCUGGAGUUCUGUCGGAGUCGGCGUGUCGUGUGCCGCCUGUCAGCAUCAUCUGUACCUGUUGUCUGUUAUCUCUUCUGCCGGUGGAGCACAACUGCUGUUUAUCCUCCAUGCAAACAAGCGCCCUGUGUGUGCAUGAUAACCUGACCCAUGACUCUCCGUUUGGGUCUACACCAGCUCGCUUGUUGAAGCGGAGCUCGCAAUAUAUGUAUGGCGUGGAGGCGAAAGCGUAAAGAUAAGCGGC